UGCCGGGGCUGGGGGGAGGGAGAGGGGUUGAGUCAAGAUGGCGGCCAAGGUGGGGAAGCAGCAACAGCGGCGGCAGCGACUGGAGUGAGCGCCCGGCUCGCAGCGCCGAGCGAGGUACCGGCGUAGGGCCGCGCGCUGGGGCUGCGUCCCACUCCUCAGGCCGGGGCGCACGUCGGCUCCCACGCUCCGCCAGCUCCCAGGUCUCUUUUGCCCAGGCUGAAGAACAGCGGCUUACUGAAGCCUUGACUUCCCCAAUUCAGUUUCUCUCUGUUGCCCAGGCUAGAGUGCAGUGGUGCGAUCAUAGUUCAAUGCAGCCUCCAACUCCUGGGCUCAUGUGGUCCUCCUGAGUAGCUGGAACUACAGGUGGUUUCCUAGAAACAUGAUUGUUUAUUGGCGUUGAUCUCACAGUCUGGUGAGGACUUCUUUACUGAUAAUGUCAAGUUCAGGUUAUCCUCCCAACCAAGGAGCAUUCAGCACAGAACAAAGUCGUUAUCCUCCCCACUCUGUCCAGUAUACCUUUCCCAGCACCCGCCACCAGCAGGAGUUUGCAGUCCCUGACUAUCGUUCCUCUCAUAUUGAAGUCGGUCAGGCAUCACAGCUCUUGCAGCAACAGCAGCAGCAGCAGCAGCUUCGAAGACGACCUUCCUUACUUUCAGAAUUUCACCCAGGUUCUGACAGGCCUCAAGAAAGGAGAACUGGUUAUGAACAGUUUCAUCCAGGCCCAUCCCCAGUGGAUCAUGAUUCACUGGAAUCGAAACGACCACGUCUGGAACAGGUUUCUGAUUCCCAUUUUCAGCGUGUCAGUGCUGCGGUUUUGCCUUUAGUGCACCCAUUGCCAGAAGGGCUGAGGUCUUCUGCAGAUGCUAAGAAGGAUCCAGCAUUCGGAGGCAAACAUGACGCUCCAUCCUCUCCAAUUUCGGGGCAACCAUGUGGAGAUGAUCAAAAUGCUUCACCUUCAAAACUUUCAAAGGAAGAGUUAAUACAGAGUAUGGAUCGUGUAGAUCGAGAAAUUGCAAAAGUAGAACAGCAGAUCCUUAAACUGAAAAAGAAACAACAACAACUUGAAGAAGAGGCAGCUAAACCUCCCGAGCCUGAGAAGCCCGUGUCCCCUCCUCCUGUGGAGCAGAAACAUCGCAGUAUUGUCCAAAUUAUUUAUGAUGAGAAUCGGAAAAAAGCAGAAGAAGCUCAUAAAAUUUUUGAAGGUCUUGGCCCAAAAGUUGAACUGCCACUCUAUAACCAGCCAUCAGAUACCAAGGUGUACCAUGAAAACAUCAAGACUGGAGUACCUGCAAGGCGCAUGAUGAAAAACCAGGUGAUGAGGAAAAAACUCAUUUUAUUUUUUAAAAGAAGAAAUCAUGCAAGAAAACAAAGGGAACAAAAAAUCUGCCAGCGUUAUGAUCAGCUCAUGGAGGCAUGGGAGAAAAAAGUGGACAGAAUAGAAAAUAAUCCUCGGAGGAAAGCUAAAGAAAGCAAAACAAGGGAAUACUAUGAAAAGCAGUUUCCAGAAAUUCGAAAACAAAGAGAACAGCAAGAAAGAUUUCAGCGAGUUGGACAAAGGGGAGCUGGUCUUUCAGCCACCAUUGCUAGGAGUGAGCAUGAGAUUUCUGAAAUUAUUGAUGGGCUCUCUGAGCAGGAGAAUAAUGAGAAACAAAUGCGGCAGCUCUCUGUGAUUCCACCUAUGAUGUUUGAUGCAGAACAAAGACGAGUCAAGUUCAUUAAUAUGAAUGGGCUUAUGGAGGACCCUAUGAAAGUUUAUAAAGAUAGGCAGUUUAUGAAUGUUUGGACUGACCAUGAAAAGGAGAUCUUUAAGGACAAAUUUAUCCAGCAUCCAAAAAACUUUGGACUAAUUGCAUCCUAUUUGGAGAGGAAGAGUGUUCCUGAUUGUGUUUUAUAUUAUUAUUUAACAAAGAAAAAUGAGAAUUAUAAAGCUCUAGUCAGAAGAAAUUAUGGGAAACGCAGAGGCAGAAACCAGCAGCAAAUUGCCCGACCCUCACAAGAAGAAAAAGUAGAAGAAAAAGAAGAGGAUAAAGCAGAAAAAACAGAAAAAAAAGAAGAAGAAAAGAAAGAUGAAGAAGAAAAAGAUGAAAAAGAAGACUCUAAAGAAAAUACCAAGGAAAAGGACAAGAUGGAUGGUACAGCAGAAGAAACUGAGGAAAGAGAGCAAGCCACACCCCGGGGGCGAAAGACUGCCAACAGUCAGGGCCGCCGCAAGGGCCGGAUCACCAGGUCCAUGACAAACGAAGCCGCAGCUGCUAGUGCUGCAGCCGCAGCGGCCACUGAAGAGCCCCCACCACCUCUGCCACCGCCACCAGAACCCAUAUCUACAGAGCCUGUGGAGACCUCUCGAUGGACAGAAGAAGAAAUGGAAGUUGCAAAAAAAGGUCUAGUAGAACAUGGUCGUAAUUGGGCAGCAAUUGCUAAAAUGGUGGGAACAAAAAGUGAAGCUCAAUGUAAAAACUUCUAUUUUAACUAUAAAAGGCGACACAAUCUUGACAACCUCUUACAGCAACACAAACAGAAAGCUUCACGAAAACCUCGUGAAGAGCGAGAUGUGUCUCAGUGUGAAAGUGUUGCUUCCACCGUUUCUGCUCAAGAGGAUGAAGAUAUUGAAGCCUCCAAUGAAGAAGAAAAUCCAGAAGACAGCGAAGGUGCAGAAAAUAGUUCUGAUACAGAAAGUGCUCCUUCUCCUUCACCAGUUGAAGCUGUGAAGCCCAGUGAGGACAGUCCUGAAAAUGCUACUUCUCGAGGAAACACAGAACCUGCGACUGAGCUUGAGCCCACUACGGAAACUGCACCCAGUACAUCUCCCUCCUCAGCAGUUCCAAGUAAAAAACCAGCUGAAGAUGAAAGUGUGGAGACCCAGGUGAAUGACAGCAUCAGUGCUGAGGCAGCAGAGCAGGUGGACGUAGAUCAGCAGGAGCACAGUGCCGAAGGGGGUUCUGUUCCUGAUCCCCCACCCACUACCAAAGCCGAUUCUGUGGAUGUUGAAAUCAGGGUGCCAGAAAACCAUGCAUCUAAAGUUGAAGGUGAUAAUACCAAAGAAAGAGACUUGGAUAGAGCCAGUGAGAAGGUGGAACCUAGAGAGGAAGAUUUGGUGGUAGCUCAGCAAAUAAAUGCCCAAAGGCCCGAGCCCCAGUCGGACAAUGAUUCCAGUGCCACGUGCAGUGCUGAUGAGGAUGUGGAUGGAGAGCCAGAGAGGCAGAGAAUGUUUCCUAUGGACUCAAAGCCUUCACUGUUAAAUCCCACUGGUUCUAUACUAGUCUCAUCCCCGUUAAAACCAAAUCCACUGGACCUGCCACAGCUUCAGCAUCGAGCUGCUGUUAUCCCACCAAUGGUAUCCUGCACCCCAUGUAACAUACCAAUUGGAACCCCAGUGAGUGGCUAUGCUCUCUACCAGCGACACAUUAAAGCAAUGCAUGAGUCAGCACUCCUGGAGGAGCAGCGGCAGAGACAAGAACAGAUAGAUUUGGAAUGCAGAAGUUCUACGAGUCCAUGUGGCACAUCCAAGAGUCCAAACAGAGAGUGGGAAGGAAAAUCAGUCGCCUAUAUGCCUUAUGCUGAGGUCAAACGUGCUCUAGAACAGGAAGCACAGAUGCACAAUACUGCAGCAAGGUCAGCCUCACCGUGUAGGCUUUCUCCAAGAGAAGUCAGUAAAGCCGCUCCACAGCCUGAUAUGAGUUCAGCCCGCUAUAGUGUCCCGCCAGUCCUUCAGCCUGCUCCACAUCAAGUGAUAACUAAUCUCCCUGAAGGUGUUCGGCUUCCAACAACUCGACCAACCAGGCCGCCGCCCCCUCUCAUCCCAUCAUCCAAAACCACAGUGGCUUCAGAAAAACCAUCAUUUAUAAUGGGAGGCUCCAUCUCACAGGGAACACCAGGCACUUAUUUGACUUCUCAUAAUCAGGCUUCCUACACUCAAGAAACACCUAAACCCUCAGUGGGAUCUAUCUCUCUUGGACUGCCACGGCAACAGGAAUCUGCUAAAUCAGCUACUUUGCCCUACAUCAAGCAGGAAGAAUUUUCUCCCCGAAGCCAAAACUCACAACCUGAGGGUCUGUUGGUCAGGGCCCAACAUGAAGGUGUAGUCAGAGGAACCAUACAAGAAGGAAGUAUAACUCGGGGAACUCCAACCAGCAAAAUUUCAGUGGAGAGCCUUCCCUCCCUACGGGGCUCCAUCACUCAGGGAACCCCAGCUCUGCCCCAGCCUGGCAUACCAACAGAGACUUUGGUGAAGGGGUCCAUUUCUAGAAUGCCCAUUGAAGACAGCAGUCCUGAAAAAGGCAGAGAGGAAGCUGCAUCCAAAGGCCAUGUUAUUUAUGAAGGCAAAAGUGGACAUAUCUUGUCAUAUGAUAACAUUAAGAAUGCCCGAGAAGGGACUAGGAGUCCGAGAACAGCUCAUGAAAUUAAUUUAAAGAGAAGCUAUGAAUCAGUGGAAGGAAAUAUAAAGCAAGGGAUGUCAAUGAGGGAGUCUCCAGUAUCAGCACCAUUAGAGGAGACGGGGUUUCACCAUAUUGGUCAGGCUGGUCUUGAACUCCGAACCUCAGGUGAUCCACCCGCCUCAGCCUCCCAAAGUGCUGGGAUUACAGGGCUGAUAUGCCGAGCAUUACCCAGGGGGAGUCCUCAUUCUGACCUCAAAGAAAGAACUGUAUUGUCUGGCUCCAUAAUGCAGGGCACACCAAGAGCAACAACUGAAAGCUUUGAAGAUGGCCUUAAAUAUCCCAAACAAAUUAAAAGGGAAAGUCCUCCCAUACGAGCAUUUGAAGGUGCCAUUACCAAAGGAAAACCAUAUGAUGGCAUCACCACCAUCAAAGAAAUGGGGCGUUCCAUUCAUGAGAUUCCAAGGCAAGAUAUUUUAACUCAGGAAAGUCGGAAAACUCCAGAAGUGGUCCAGAGCACAAGGCCGAUAAUUGAGGGUUCCAUUUCCCAGGGCACACCAAUAAAGUUUGACAGCAACUCAGGUCAAUCUGCCAUCAAACACAAUGUCAAAUCCUUAAUCACGGGGCCUAGCAAACUAUCCCGUGGAAUGCCUCCGCUGGAAAUUGUGCCAGAGAACAUAAAAGUGGUAGAACGGGGAAAAUAUGAAGAUGUGAAAGCAGGCGAGCCCGUGCGUUCCCGACACACAUCAGUGGUAAGCUCUGGCCCCUCCGUUCUUAGGUCCACACUACAUGAAGCUCCCAAAGCACAACUGAGCCCUGGGAUUUAUGAUGACACCAGUGCACGGAGGACCCCUGUGAGUUAUCAAAACACCAUGUCCAGAGGCUCACCCAUGAUGAACAGAACUUCUGAUGUUACAAUUUCUUCCAACAAGUCUACCAAUCAUGAAAGGAAAUCGACACUGACCCCUACCCAAAGGGAAAGUAUACCAGCGAAGUCUCCAGUGCCUGGGGUGGAUCCUGUCGUGAGCCACAGUCCGUUUGAUCCCCAUCACAGAGGCAGCGCUGCAGGAGAGGUUUAUCGGAGCCACCUGCCCACGCACUUAGAUCCAGCCAUGCCUUUUCACAGGGCUUUGGAUCCUGCAGCAGCUGCUUACCUGUUUCAGAGACAGCUUUCACCAACUCCAGGUUACCCAAGUCAGUAUCAGCUUUACGCAAUGGAGAACACAAGACAGACAAUCUUAAAUGAUUACAUUACCUCACAACAGAUGCAAGUGAACUUGCGUCCAGAUGUGGCCAGAGGACUAUCCCCAAGAGAGCAGCCACUGGGUCUCCCAUACCCAGCAACAAGAGGAAUCAUUGACCUGACCAAUAUGCCUCCAACAAUUUUAGUGCCUCAUCCAGGGGGAACAAGUACUCCUCCCAUGGACAGAAUCACAUAUAUUCCUGGUACACAGAUUACUUUCCCUCCCAGGCCGUACAACUCUGCUUCCAUGUCUCCAGGACACCCAACACACCUUGCAGCUGCUGCAAGUGCUGAGAGGGAACGGGAGCGGGAGAAGGAGCGUGAGCGGGAGCGGAUUGCUGCAGCUUCCUCCGAUCUCUACCUUCGGCCAGGCUCAGAACAGCCUGGCCGACCUGGCAGUCAUGGAUAUGUUCGCUCCCCUUCCCCUUCAGUAAGAACUCAGGAGACCAUGUUGCAACAGAGACCCAGUGUUUUCCAAGGAACCAAUGGAACCAGUGUAAUCACACCUUUGGAUCCAACUGCUCAGCUACGAAUCAUGCCACUACCUGCUGCCGGCCCUUCAAUAAGCCAAGGUCUGCCAGCCUCCCGUUACAACACUGCUGCGGAUGCCCUGGCCGCUCUUGUGGAUGCUGCAGCUUCUGCACCCCAGAUGGAUGUGUCCAAAACAAAAGAGAGUAAGCUUGAAGCUGCCAGGUUAGAAGAAAAUUUGAGAAGCAGGUCAGCAGCAGUUAGUGAACAGCAGCAGCUAGAGCAGAAAACCCUGGAGGUGGAGAAGAGAUCUGUUCAGUGUUUAUACACUUCUUCAGCCUUUCCAAGUGGCAAGCCCCAGCCUCAUUCUUCAGUAGUUUAUUCUGAGGCUGGGAAAGAUAAAGGGCCUCCUCCAAAAUCCAGAUAUGAGGAAGAGCUAAGGACCCGAGGGAAGACUACCAUUACUGCAGCUAACUUCAUAGACGUGAUCAUCACCCGGCAAAUUGCCUCGGACAAGGAUGCAAGGGAACGUGGCUCUCAAAGUUCAGACUCUUCUAGUAGCUUAUCUUCUCACAGGUAUGAAACACCUAGCGAUGCUAUUGAGGUGAUAAGUCCUGCCAGCUCGCCUGCACCACCCCAGGAAAAGCUGCAGACCUAUCAGCCAGAGGUUGUUAAGUCAAAUCAAGCUGAAAAUGAUCCUACCAGACAAUAUGAAGGACCAUUAGCUCACUAUCGACCACAGCAGGAAUCACCAUCUCCCCAACAACAGUUGCCCCCUUCUUCACAGGCAGAGGGAAUGGGGCAAGUGCCUAGGACCCAUCGGCUGAUCACACUUGCUGAUCACAUCUGUCAAAUUAUCACACAAGAUUUUGCUAGAAAUCAAGUUUCCUCACAGACUCCCCAGCAGCCUCCUAAUUCUACAUUCCAGAACUCACCAUCCUCUUUGGUGUCUACACCUGUGAGGACUAAAACGUCAAACCGUUACAGCCCAGAAUCCCAGGUUCAGUCUGUCCAUCAUCAAAGAGCAGGUUCAAGAGUCUCUCCAGAAAAUCUUGUGGACAAAUCCAGGGGAAGUAGGCCUGGAAAAUCCCCAGAGAGGAGUCACAUCUCUUCAGAGCCCUACGAGCCCAUCUCCCCACCCCAGGUUCCAGUUGUACAUGAGAAACAGGACAACUUGCUGCUCUUGUCUCAGAGGGGCUCAGAGCCUACAGAGCAGAGGAAUGAUUCCCGCUCACCAGGGAGUAUAAGCUACUUGCCUUCAUUUUUCACCAAGCUUGAAAACACAUCACCCAUGGUUAAAUCAAAGAAGCAGGAGAUUUUUCGUAAGUUGAACUCCUCUGGUGGAGGUGACUCUGAUAUGGCAGCUGCUCAGCCAGGAACUGAGAUCUUUAAUCUGCCAGCAGUUACGACAUCAGGCUCAGUUAGCUCUAGAGGCCAUUCUUUUGCUGAUCCUGCCAGUAAUCUCGGGCUGGAAGACAUUAUCAGGAAGGCUCUCAUGGGAAGCUUUGAUGACAAAGUUGAGGAUCAUGGAGUUGUCAUGUCCCAGCCUAUGGGAGUAGUGUCUGGUACUGCCAACACCUCAGUUGUGACCAGUGGUGAGACACGGAGAGAGGAAGGGGACCCAUCACCUCAUUCAGGAGGAGUUUGCAAACCAAAGCUGAUCAGCAAGUCAAACAGCAGGAAAUCUAAAUCUCCUAUUCCUGGGCAAGGCUACUUAGGAACCGAACGGCCGUCUUCAGUCUCCUCUGUACAUUCAGAAGGGGAUUACCAUAGGCAGACGCCAGGGUGGGCCUGGGAAGACAGGCCCUCUUCAACAGGCUCAACUCAGUUUCCCUAUAACCCUCUGACUAUGCGGAUGCUAAGCAGUACACCACCAACACCGAUUGCAUGUGCUCCCUCUGCUGUGAACCAAGCAGCUCCUCACCAACAGAACAGGAUCUGGGAGCGAGAGCCUGCCCCGCUCCUCUCAGCACAGUACGAGACCCUGUCGGAUAGUGAUGACUGAACUGCACAGAGUGAGAGGAACAGGGUGCAGGAAAGGGAUCUCCAGUUUUUGAUGGUUUAAUUUUUAGUAGCAGGUCAAAAACCUGCCCUCCUAUGACUUAUGCCCUGAGACUUUUCAGGACAGCCAGCCCACAGAUGAUGAAGAAAUGAUGGAAAUUUAUUUGGAGAGUCAACAAAGAAAACAAAAAACUGCCUUUGAUACAAGCAAUUCAGUGGACUAUAAUAGUGGAGGGUUGAAAUGUAGAGUUUUUAAAAAGUGGACAGUUCCUGUUCUUACAUCUGUUUGUAAAGAAAACCAUAAUGUCUUUAAAUCACUCUUCUGUAAAUAGAUUAUCUUUUUGCAGUGUAUAUCCCCUUGCUGUAGUAUCUGGUGUACUUAUGUUCAAAUCAGCGCAUCAACUUUGGGGGUGAUUUUUAAAAAUCUUUUUGUCUAUCUUUUUAACCCUAGCCUUCUAAACAACCUCAUACAGCCCAGUUACAUAAUGUUGGCUGUUACGGGCAUUGUACUUUUAUCUGAUUUUGUUUCCUCUAAAUUCAGCUUUCCAGUGAUGUUUAAAAUCUUGUGGAAAUGUUUAGAUUUUUAACACAGACCCUGUCAUAAAAUCUGUACAUUAGAGUCAAAAGGUAGAAGUAAGAAAUUCUGCCAUAUUGUAAAUUUCCAGUGCAGGCUUUAAAUUUUUUUUUUCCAUUAGUAGCACUGAAAAAAAUAUUACUGCAUGGGUAUGUUCUAGUUCAGUUUAUAAAGUUUUAAAAGCUUAUUUGAGGCAUACCUCACUGUUAUGCACACUGGUAAUUUAACCAUGCCCCUAAGUAUUCCUUUUCUCCUGCAUUUGAUGCAGCCCAACAAAGCUUUCGUUUUGAAAUAAAUUUGACUACCCUGUCCAUA